AUGCUACCACAUGGUCGGCCACAGAGACAUGCAUCUGCGGCUGCCUGUGCUGCCGAGGAUCAGGAGGCGGACUCUCCGUGUUCCUCAGCAACGCAUGCAGCUGGACAGCCGGUGGGAGACAGUGAAAUUCAGCUAUCCCCGUCUUCUGCAGCAGCAGCACGUGCAGACGACGGCAUGGCCGGCUCUAGCCUUAGGGCAGAGGCAGAAACUCUUUCUCUGCUUCCUGAAUCACAGUUUUGGAUGCUUCUGCAGGAGCAGGUCGGGGAGUUAAAUAAGUUCGCGACCACCAAGGAGAGGCAAAUUCAGGCUGACCUUAGGCGGAUUGCUGCACGCUUGGAACAGCACUCCGAACUAUUGGGGGAUGAAGAGCCUCUGAUCGAAGAACAGUCUGCCGAGAUCGUCCAUCUCGACUUGUACAUUCGAACAAACCACAAGGCGCUCCUUUCCCUCUGCUCCCACUUUGACCGCCUACUCACCGGAGCAAAGACCGCGAGGUGGUUCUCAACUUCGCUGCUAAAAGAGGCGUACUGCAAUGUAGAUCUAGAGCGACUUGUGCUGAUGUUAUCGCUUCUCUGGGGAAAGUACAGAUCCAAGCUCGAGGGGAAGCACUUAGGAUCGGAAGCCUGGAAACCUCCAGACUCUUUUGUGCGUCUGACCACCAAGUAUUGGAUCCGACCAGAGAACAUUGUUCGCGCGCAAUGCCUAAUUGUUCGCCAUUUACCGUUUUUGGUCUUCGGGGCUUCCGACAAGGACUUGGAAGCGUCACUGCUCGGCACGGAGGCGUCUAAAGAAGGCCACCUGCUGCCUUCGUGCAAAACUGCACCAACGCAAAUGGUGGCUUCUGUGUACUUUGAUAGUGCUGAUGCCUACUGCUAUGAGCGCCGUAUUCGCCGUUUCGAAGGCGCCCAACUGCUGCGAUUUCGUUGGUACGGAUCGAAUAACAACGGCCCGGAUGAGAACAUCUUUAUCGAGCGGAAGACGCAUCAUGAGUCUUGGAGUGGGCUAAGUAGCACAAAGCAGCGCUUCGUCAUACCCCAGCGCCUUGUUGCGCCCUACAUGCUACUGAAACGCAACACCCGUGACCUCCUUCUUGAGGCCUCGAAUUUUCAGGCAGUGUCUCAACACUCUGUCAAAGCUCAUCAAAGGGCGUCAGAGGCCUCAAGUGGAGGAUCCAGCACUCAGACGGAGGCGGUGAUGGGGGGAGCCUGUCCAGCGGAGCAGGAGGCUGCAGCGUUCAUUGCCAAGGAUCCAAAGUUGAAGAAGGCAAUCGCGCUCGGCAGCGAGAUUCAGGAUGAAAUCGCCGAACACGAGCUGCAGCCCAUGCUGCGCACGAGCUACCUGCGUGCUGCCUUCCAGUUGGCGACCUCUAACGAGGUGCGAAUUUCCCUGGAUACGAACCUCUGCAUGGUAAACGAGUUUAGGCCCCAACGGCAGGAGGAAAGCGGUUCUAAUUGGUGCCGCUUGGCGGACGAGCUGCUGGGAAAGGACGAAGUUGUUCGAUUCCCGUAUGCCAUCCUGGAAGUCAAGAUUCAGCAAGAGCCUCCGCCCACCUGGGUACAGAGCAUGCUGCUCCUCUCAGACGCAACCUUAGUCUACAAGUUUUCAAAGUUCCAGCACGGCAUGGCCUUCCUGCAUCGUGACAAGAUCAGCAGCGGACUGCUGCCUCAUUGGCUGCAGCCGCUAGCAGUUCCCAGCGAACAGCAGCAGCAACAACACCACCAGCAGCAACGCGGCGACACCCUGCGUGCGCCGGUCAUAGGGGCCUCGCUGUUCGAGUCUGUCCGUAACAGCGCGGACAGCCUUCUCACGCCGCUUACCCGUAGUUUUGCCGAGCAGCACGCCCUUCAAUCCGAGGCAGCGGGGAUGAGCAGGUGGAAGCGUCGCUCGCUGUUGCCGAUCGGCGUCGGGGAUUCGGCUGCUAGCGGUUUGGGAGACUGGGCGCUUGUUUGCACGUGCGCGCAGGAAGAUAUAUCGCAAGCGGCCGCGCACCGCACGUUGCAGUGGCUGCAGAAGGAACAGCAGUUGCAGCAGCAGCAGGCGCUUCGCGAUAUUCGCGACAGCACCUUCGUCGAGGGAGACGCUCAUCAUGAUGGGUACCCCCCCGAAAAGGGUGACCUCCCAAUCAGCAGCACAGAUUCCCUACGGCGUCGGCUCUUCCGCCGUCACGUAAGGACAGUUCGCAAGAUCGAUCCCAAGAUCGCAUUUGCCGGGGAGCGUACUUUCCUACAUUAUGUUCAAAAGGGUCUCUACUUGGCAGGUGCCAGUCUCGCGCUGGUCGCUAAGGCUAGUGCAGCGAACAUCCAGCAGCGGAUCGAUUCCAGGUGGGGGCCACUAUUGGCAUUUGUUGCUGCUGGGAUUGCUACAGUCCUGGCGCUUCUGUUGCAGUCAGAUAUAGGUUUAAGGCACGUCCUCCACAGGCAGCAGGAAGAACGUGCCGCACACUUUGCGCCCACCCACCCCCCAUGCUACUGCCGCAAAAGGACAUGUUCGCAAGUGGGCAAUUUGGGUAGCACAGAACACGGAAAUAUGAGCGCGCCACCAUGGCGUGAAGAGACGCUCUACUCCCGUCAUCCAUCUAACGGGGUUCCAAAAAUAAAAGAAAGGCAAAAACAAGGGGAGCAGCACGCCGCUGUAGCUAUAGCCUCUGGCUCGGCUGCACACACGGCCUUAUAUAUCUACACCCCAGAAAAACCUCACGAAGUUCCCUAA